CUCUCUCGAGCCGGUGACAAGGACCGAAGAAUUAACUGUGCCUGAAGACUGGUCCAGAGAAGGGGUGCGAGUAGAAAUGCUGCUGUAGGAACAAGAGGCCUGCAUGGCAAGGAAUGCGGCUUCCCUCCCAGAGCCUCUUCUCCGCUGUCGCCCCUCCGACCACGCCUGCCCCCAGGGCCUAGGGCACUUAGGAUUUUGCCAUUGGCCACCUAAAACUCCUGCUGAGCCAAAACAAGACUUCUGCUCCAGAACUGAACCAGAGACUGCUUCAUUUUGCUUUUGCAUCUUUUAAUCACCCAGGCUACAGGGAGAGCUGUUUAGCUUUUCGAAGCUUAAGCCGGAUUUGCUCCUGUCAUUCUUGCAUACGCCUUUCAAAAUGAUCGACUUAAGCUUCCUAACAGAAGAGGAACAGGAGACCAUCAUGAAGGUCCUGCAGCGGGAUGCUGCCCUGAAGAGGGCUGAAGACGAGAGAGUCAGACAUUUGCCUGAAAAAAUUAAGGAUGACCAGCAGCUGAAGAAUAUGAGUGGCCAAUGGUUUUACGAAGCCAAGGCCAAGAGGCACAGAGACAAAAUCCAUGGCGCAGAUAUCAUCAGAGCAUCCAUGAGGAAGAAGCGGCUCCAGGUCACAGCUGAGCAGAAUAAGGACAGAGAAAACAGGGCAAAGGAAAGCUGGGUGAAUAAUGUCAACAAAGAUGCUUUCCUUCCCCCAGAGCUAGCCGGUGUUGUGGAAGAGCCAGAAGAAGAUGUGGGACCAGCAAGCCCAAGUUCCAGCGUGGUAAACCCAGCUUCCACUGUGAUUGAUAUGUCCCAGGAAAACUCCAGGAACUCAGCUGUGUUUCCAGCUAAGCAAAGGAAGAAUCCAUUUAAUAGCUCCAAGUCGCCAGAAGAUGACUUAUCUCAACAAACCAAAAAUGAGCAGUCAAGAAAUGGAAGGACUGGUUUCUCUCAGACUUCAAAAGACGGUGAAUUAUCAGCGUCAAAAGAAGAGUCACCUAUCCUGGAUAUUUCAAGCCAAAAGUUAGAGAAACCAAAGCAGACUUUUCCAGUCCCAGAGAGUAGAUCCCAUAUCAAACCUCCAAUCCCUAAAGACAGGAAAAUGAUCUCCAGAUCACAUGAUUUAACGCAGGAUGAGAACCAGUCUUUUCCUAGACAAAGGACAGACUCCUUCACCACAAGAGGGGCUCCAAGAGGGAUCCUGAAGCGCAACUCCAGCUCCAGCAGCACCGACUCCGAAACUGUUCGUUUGCAUCAGAACUUUGAACCCAAAAGCAAACUUGUGUCACCUGGCCUAACCAUCCAUGAGAGGAUUUCUGAGAAGGAGCAUUGUCCAGAAGAUGACUCCUCCUCAAGCUCACUGGAGCCCUUAAAGCACGUGAGAUUCUCUGCGGUGAAGGAGGAGCUCCCGCAGAGCCCUGGGCUCGUCCAAGGCCGGGAAGUGGGAGAGUUCAGUGUUUUAGAAAACGACAGGUUGAAGAAUGGAGCAGAAGAUGUUCGGGACAAGGAUGGGUUCUUGGAGGACCCUAAACCUUCCCAGUACAGAGAGCCUUUGCCUUUACCUCAGUCAACCUCAAGCCCAAGUGCAUUAAAAAAUGAAACACAUCAGCCAAAGACUUCUGGUCAUUUUCCAGUGAAUGGGCAGCCUUUUCCCUCAGAAGAUUUAAUUGCAAGACCACAGUCCAGUGAGACUUCACCCACCAUCAAUGAAUACAAAGCUAAAUCAUCAGAAUUGUCAAGGCUUGAAUCGGAAUUGUCCAAAAGCCCUGCUGAUGAACUGUCUCGAGUUGAGCCUGAGCCUUCUCAGGUGCCAGAUCGCAGUUCUAGAGACAAUCAGCAAGGUAAGCCUCCUCUGCUCAAGGCCCCAAAAGCUAAGACAUUCUCGCGCUCUGGUCCACAUGCCACUGAGAUAAGGAGGACAACCGAUGAUUCCAUAUCUAAAGUCCUAGACUGGUUUAACCGAAGUUCUCAUUUAGAUGACGAUAAGUCACCUCUCCAACAUCCCGGAGGAAUAGAUCCCAGAGAAAAAGCAGACUCAGAAUCACAGGUUGCUGUUUCCUUGGUGACAGAUGAUAUCAGUCUAAAAGAAAAUGGCUCCAAGGCUCUGUCAUCCACCAAAGUUGAAUUGACGCCUAUGGGAUCUGAUUCGACGUUCCAGGUAGAGGGAAAUGUGCUGCCUUCUGGCAGUCGCCAAGACAGAAAUGCAAAUAUCAAAUCCAAAUCUAUUAAUUUGUCCCAACAAGGCAAGGAAGGUCCAGGCAUAUUGCAACCAUUUGAAAUCUACAGUCCAAAUCAAGGGAGUAAAACUGUGGACUACAGCCAAGCUUCAAAAAGCACAGGAGCAGGAAAUGGGAUCCCUCACCCAACCAGUGACUAUCCCUACAGUGCUCUCAACAGAUCUGAUGCAGCAGACCAAGUUCCAUGCAACAUUAAGGAUGUUGGCAGCUUAGAUGAAGAAGCCAAGCUUCGCGUUUAUGAAAAAGAUAGAGGAAACUCAGAGGUAAAUAUUGACUCUUCAAAAAUUGUCAAAGAACCAAAUUUGAAAGACAACAGGAAGGCAGAGAGAGAGAGCAAAGAAGGAGAUGCUUACAUCCUAAAUGCUUCCCCAGAGCCAGAGAAUAUUCAGUCACUCCCUGGGGCUGCCAACAAAUCUCCUUGGAAGAAGCCUGAGGUCCAACUACAACAAGAAGCUGGUGAAGUUCCCGAGAACCAGGUGCAAAGAGAGAAAUACAAAAGAGUGAGUGACAGAAUAUCCUUUUGGGAAGGUGAGAAAGCUGCAGCUAAGUCCACUCAUAAAGAACCCAUAUCUUCACACAGCCAGGGACAACCUUUUGCUAAAGCCUAUCGGCCUGUGAGGUCCAUGGACGGUUUAUCUACAGGCCAGAAUGAAUAUAUUCAAGUCACUGCCAAACAAGUGAUGCUAGAUGAAGAUGGCCACGCAGCUCAUCUCUCCAGUUUUUAUUCCUCAAAUAAACCUAAAGAGACCAGGGUCCAAAUAUCAGGUCCAUCCAAAAAUUACCCUUCAGAUGACCAACCAGGCAAAGUGUCUCUGUUUCAGCAUAAGAUAAAUGAGCCUGUAAAACGAUUGGCAGUGGCCGACAGUUUACAUUCUGGAAAAGACAUCACUUUACCGGCAUUGCAGCGUCCUUCAAAUGUUGGGAAUGAAAUACAUGCUGCUUUGGAGAAAGACAGAUUUCUAAUUGAUGAAUCAAAUCCCAACUUUAAAGUUAUGUCCCUAAAAGAAAAAAUGAAUGAGUCCAGUACAGAACAGGUUUAUAAUCACUCUCAAUUUGAGAAUUUGAGAAAGUUUUGGGACUUAGGAGCCAACUCAAAGAGGCAGGGUAAUGUUGGGAAGGAUACCACCAACACAAGCCAGAACAAUUCUGUGCCUUUUAAUGGCCAGAAACAUAAAGAAUUCCAUGACAUCAAAUCAUCAGGAGAAAAUACCCAUGAAAAAGAGACACUUCUAAGCCCCUCUAAAGUUCCGGCAACAGAGGAAAUAGAGGAAUUAAAUUCAAAGCGCACACUCCAGGUAUUACCACAUGAAACCACAUUUCCAUUAAAACCACCCACCAAGUCCACUCAUCAGCUGCCAGGAAAUGAGUCAUCAAAGGAAAAUGUGCGAAAGAAUAUGGAAUGGUUGCUUACUCCAGUGUUCGAGGAAGAAAAAGAUUACUCAGACCAAGAAAUUCAAGAGUCCAUAGUGAAAACACGCGUUUUGUCUAAAGACUACAAAGGCGCUUUUAAUGACAGUUUACAGAAGCUACUUUCAGAAGUUUCAUCACCUGCCAUCCAGCCUGCUGGUGAAAAAGUUCAUGGAAAACAAGUGCUUGAACCAGGCGCUUCUGAAACUAGGACACGGCCUCAAAAGACAGAUUUUGUUGAUACUGAGGAAGCAGCCAAAGGACCUAAGGGCAUCAUUAAUGAGCAGGUAGACAAAACAGUAGCUCCCCCAAAGGUCAAACCAAACACUUGGGCUGCUAGUCCAGAGAAACUCCUGAAGGAAGGAACUGGAACCAGGUUGGAAGCCGUCACCCCUAGGAUCAACUCUGAGCCUGAAGAGAGCAGAGUUUUUGAAACGGGCAUAGAAGGGAGUCACAACUCGUCAGCCUCUCGGAGAGAGAGGAUCACUCCCUUUCCAGAAACUCUGGGGAAAACAGCUGUCCCCCAGCAAGCAGAAAGUGGUGAGCACCAGCUAAACGCGGUAAACUUGUUUCAGGCGGCAGCAGAAGGUUCUCACCCAUUGGACCAACCUUCUCAUCUUCACAGAAAGGGUCCUUUCGGGAUUGUGGCCAGCUCUCCCCAAGAUAUGCCCUUUUCCAGCGAUGCUCCUCUUGCUCCCCAGGACAACGCACUAUCUCCUCAAAGGGAAAUUUCAGAGACUGUAGAAAAAGUCAUUGUUCCACCCAAAUCCGCAACGAAGGACGUAAAUGUUGUAUUGCAAAAGCUGCUUGGAGAAGCUGGGCCCAGUUAUCCAGUUGGGAGGGAAGUCGUUCCUGGAGAAGGGAAAGCAGAACUUCCUGAAGGACCACAGGCAGCAGGUAGCCUCCAAAAUUCUCGCAGACCUAUCCCACCGUCGGCCACAGCGGACACUGCAGCCCCAGGCAGAAAGGAUUCGUAUUCCUUCACCGUAGUUCCUGAUAAAACUCAUGCCGGUGCAUCUCACUUAGCUGCCCCAGUGUCUCCAUCAGAACAAACCCUCCGCUCAUUCGGCUCCGCCGUUGCUCGGUAUAGCAAAGAGUUUCCGCAGGAAGUGACAGAAGUUGUGAGGGAAACAAUUAUCCGACCUAAAUCAGAGCUCCUUGAAUUCAGUGCUGGCUUAGAAAAACUGCUGAAGGAAACAACUGAAACUCUCGCCUCAAAACCUGAAAGCAGCACAGGGACACUUUCUCCGUCCAAGUUCAUAGGUUGUGCCGAGGUGCCCAGGCCAGCUGCUUCCAAAGUCCAUCCUGAGGAAAUAAAAGAAACAGUAAAAAAGUCUGAGGCUCCAAAAGUAACUGAGAGUACUUUCGAUACUGGUUUUGAGAAACUCCUUAAAGAAGCAUCCGAAGCUCCUCCUUGUGAGCUCCAGGUGUCAGUGGAGGAAGGAGCUCCUGAGAAGGAGACCUCAGAGCCCGAGCAGGCCAGGUUUCUGGGGAGAACCCAGGAGGCCCCCAAAAUGAAGGCUAAAAGCGAUGGAUUCAAAUCUCGAGUCAACCAACGGGAUAACGUGUUGAGGGGAGAAGCCGUGACUGAUUUAUCAGUAGGUCUCUGUGGUUCUGAGAGUGACGUUCAGAUCCCUGGAGCCCUUUCUGUGGACCAUGAAACAGGGAUCAUCGAGACCAUGACACGCCCAGAGCCCAGGGAGAGGGAAAGGGAGGUUGCAGGGGCUCUAGAAGGGGCUUUUCAGGAGCCUGGCUUCCAAGAAGGUCCUGGAACAAUUGGCAUGUCCAGAAAUAGGCAACCUUUCCCUCUCCUGACCAGCGAGGAAAGCACUACAAAGACCAGUAAAGUCAAACUGUUUCUGGCAUCGCCACGUAAGAGGCAAGAGAAAGGGGAAGAAAGAGAAGGCGUCUCUGACUCUGAUUUUUCAGAUGUAAACAUCAGUUCCAACACAGAAAGCUGGAGAAAUACCUCCAGUUCAGAAGAAGAACCCAGUCCUGUUUUGAAAACUUUGGAAAGGAGUGCUGCUAGGAAAAUGCCUUCCAAAAGUCUAGAAGACAUUUCAUCAGAUUCAUCAAAUCAAGCAAAAAUAGAUAAUCUGCCAGAAGAAUUAGUACGUAGUGCUGAAGAUGAUCAAAAAGCAGAUGAGGAACCAGAUACAAAUGAAUGCAUACCAGGAAUUUCCACAGUGCCUUCACAGCCUGAUAAUCAGUUUUCCCACCCCGACAAACUCAAAAGGAUGAGCAAGUCUGUUCCAGCAUUUCUCCAAGAUGAGAGUGAUGACAGAGAAACAGACACAGCAUCAGAAAGCAGCUACCAGCUCAGCAGACACAAGAAGAGCCCAAGCUCUCUAACCAAUCUUAGCAGCUCCUCUGGCAUGACGUCCCUGUCGUCUGUGAGCGGCAGUGUGAUGAGCGUUUACAGUGGGGACUUUGGCAAUCUGGAGGUGAAAGGAAGUAUCCAGUUCGCAGUUGACUACAUGGACUCACUGAAGGAGCUGCAUAUCUUUGUGGCCCAGUGUAAAGACUUAGCUGCCGCAGACAUUAGAAAACAGCGUUCAGACCCAUAUGUCAAGACUUACCUGUUGCCAGACAAGGGCAAAAUGGGCAAGAAGAAGACACUUGUCGUGAAGAAAACGUUAAAUCCUGUGUAUAAUGAGAUACUGCGGUAUAAAAUCGAAAAGCAAAUCCUAAAGACGCAGAAGCUGAACCUGUCUGUAUGGCAUCGGGAUACAUUUAAACGCAAUAGUUUUCUAGGGGAAGUGGAACUUGAUUUGGAAACUUGGGACUGGGACGACAAGCAGAAUAAACAAUUGAAGUGGUACCCCCUGAAGCGGAAGACAGCACCCGUUGCCCUUGAAGCAGAAAACAGAGGUGAAAUGAAAUUAGCUCUCCAGUAUGUCCCAGAGCCAGUUCCUGGUAAAAAGCUUCCUACAACUGGAGAAGUGCACAUCUGGGUGAAGGAAUGCCUUGAUCUACCACAGCUAAGGGGCAGCCAUCUAAAUUCUUUUGUUAAAUGUACCAUCCUUCCAGAUACAAGUAGGAAAAGUCGCCAGAGGACAAGAGCCGUGGGGAAAACCACCACCCCUGUCUUCAACCACACCAUGGUCUACGAUGGGUUCAGGCCCGAGGAUCUGACGGAAGCCUGCGUGGAGCUUACCGUCUGGGACCAUUACAAACUAACCAACCAGUUUUUGGGAGGUCUUCGGAUAGGCUUUGGAACGGGUAAAAGCUAUGGUACUGAAGUGGAUUGGAUGGACUCUACUCCAGAGGAAGUUGCUCUCUGGGAAAAGAUGGUAAAUUCUCCCAACACUUGGAUUGAAGCAACCCUGCCUCUCAGAAUGCUGUUGAUUGCAAAGAUUUCCAAAUAAGCCCAAAGUCCAUUGGGUCCUCCACCAAAAACUACUAAACAGAUGGAAUCUGACCUUGAAAAUCUGACCAGGUAGACAGAGAUCCUCACCUCCUAUCUGUCAGCACUCAUGAACGCUACAUAGCAUUUUAAAGUCAACCUGCAUAUGCCUCUUUGGUUACAAGGCCCAAGAGAUUUAAAUGAUAACAAAGUGCAUAAUGUAUUUGCGACCCUAGCAUUAAAGAAGAUAUUUGAGAAAGCUGGGAAAAUCCCACUAUUGCUUCAAAGAAAAAGCUGCCAAAAAAUAUGAAAUGUGGGGUGCUGUUAACGGGAAAAGUUCUCUAGUUUGCUUUCAUGUGCUUCACACCACUCUUGUGCUGUAGUUAGGAGAGCCUAACUCUUGACCAUUGAAUUCCUUACAGGAACUGCAAAUAUAUAGGCUGUGGGGAAAAAGUGACAAAAAGAUACUUAUGAGGGGGAGAAAAAUGCAGAAUAAAGACUUUGACCAUAGAAAACUAUUUACUCUGUAAUCUCUAUUAAAAUAUGAACUUCCAUGUUAGGGCAAUGAGACUGAGUUUACUGCAUGUGUUUUCUGUCUUGAGAAACUGCUUUCCCUUUUCCCAGUGUUAAAAUGGUCUCAAAUAUGCUUUGGUGCCAUCCACUGGCCAUAGGUGGAAUUCAGUUUUUGGUUUAAUUUUCUCCUAAGGUACAAGCCUGUAUUUUGAAAUAGAGUAUACAAAAAAGCAAAAAACAAAAAACCUUCCAUAUAUAAGAUUCUGCUUUUCUUAUAACUCUACUAUAUGAAAGCAGCAUGAGAGUGGUCACAGACAUGCUUUGCAACAAAGUUUUAAUUAGAAUGUAGAUUGUUAAAUUAUACUGUACUCCCUAUUAUAUGUAUAAUUUUCGUAAAGUAUUUUGUAAAAACCCUUAGAAUAAAUUAUUAUGACUUAAAA